AUGUGCUACUACGGAGGCUACUAUGGAGGCCUGGGCUACGGCUAUGGCUCUGGCCUGGGCUAUGGCUAUGGCUCUGGUUAUGGCUGUGGAUGUGGCAGUUUCCGUGGCCUAGGAUAUGGCUGUGGUGGCUGUGGCUAUGGAGGCCUGGGCUAUGGUGGCUAUGGCUAUGGUGGCUAUGGCUAUGGUUGUUGCCGCCCAUUUUGCUAUGGAAGAUAUUACUCCUAUGGCUGCUACUGA